GUCGUUGAUUUGGGCUUUUUGUUAUUAUGUCCGAGUCUGCUCUAUUUAAUCUCGCCUCGCGUGGGCGCAGACCUCAAGACCGUGAGGCCUUGAGGGUUAGCCUAAGGUUAGCCAGAAGCCUGAGAUAGGCGAUGGUGCGGGGUACGUCCUGGCCACAGGUGGCUAUAUACUACGCGUAAUAGGAGAGUAAUAGGACUCGGAGACUGCCGUUGUACUCCUUAUCGAUGAGCUAGCCAACUAGGGGCGGGCGGCCCGCCCCACUAGCCGGACAGCAACCGCCUCAUUGGAAUGAGUUCACGUGUGAUGUGCCACUUCUUCUAUCGGUCAUUCCUUCGUACAACCAUUGGCAGCAGCUCUAUGCGUGGAUAACGCUAAAUUUAGAUAUGGUAGAGACAGCAGUCGCGGGAUCGCCUCUUCUCCGCCUGUCUAUAUCUCUCGUAUCACCAUGAUUGCGCGUCAGGAUGACGAGGAGACACCUCUUCUCCAACGACCAACGACCAGGACACCUCUUCCCUGGGAUCAAUUCUGGAUUAUACUGUUCUUGCAGGUGUCAGAUCCUCUUUCUCGCCAGACCCUUGCCCCGUUUGUUCCUCAACUCGUUAGAGAUAUUGGAGUGACUCACGGAGACGAAUCCCAGGUUGGUCACUAUGUCGGUAUCCUUGAAUCAACAUACUAUGCAGCUCAUGUGCUAACUAUUUUUCAUUGGAGUCAAUUGUCUGACCACAUCGGGCGGAAGCCUGUAAUACUGGUAUCUCUGUUAGCAAUUUCUGUUUCGAUGCUUUCGUUUGGGCUGUCGAAGACCUUCGUUGUCCUGAUGGUUAGUCGUGCCGUCUGCGGAGCAUUUGAUGGGAGCAAUGGUGUCAUCAUAAACAUAGUGAUGGACAUCACUGACGUAACCAAUAUGCCCAAGGCAUUCGCUUAUGUACAAAUUCCGUGGAUGAUCGCAAAAAUAGUUGGACCACUCAUUGGAGGAUCGCUCUCCCGACCAGCAGACAGAUUCCCUGACAUCUUUGGGCGAUCAGAACUCCUCAAAACUUACCCAUAUCUCCUGCCAUGUUCUAUCUCGACGAUUUUUGUAUCGAUAGCUUGGCUAGUCGCGUAUUUCUGUCUUAAAGAGAGCGUUUCUACCAGGAUAUCACUUUGGGAGCUAAUCAAAGGAGGAUCCUUCCCACAGUCAUACCAAAAGCCUCACCAGCCAUCGAGCGAUGUGCCAGUCAAUCCUAGGGAAGCGAAUACUGGAAGAGUCCAAUCAAAGCCGCUUCCGCUCCGCGCCCUGCUAACUCCAAAGGUCCUGACUGUAACAGCGAGUUACGCCACUGCGGCUCUGUUUCACAUGGCGUUUACUUCGGUCCUACCUGUUUUCUAUGCAACAUCGAUUGAACUCGGUGGUCUUUCCCUCGACCCUCCUCGCAUUGGUGUUAUACUUGCAGCACAAGGUGCCGCACAUGGCAUAUUUCAGCUGCUUUUCUACGCUCGUUUACAUGAUCACUUCGGUGCAAGAGCUGUCCAAAUCGCUGGCGUUAGCUCCGGCAUACCCAUCGUCAUUUUAUUUCCAGUAAUUAAUGCUCUGGCUCGAUCCCAUGGGAUAGGUUUGGCUGUGUGGCUAUGUGUUGCCAUCCAGCUUUCACUGACAAUCAGCCUGAUCAUGUGCUUUCCUACCUUACCAUCAUUCGUCAAAGCGGCUGCUCCAAAUCGUGCCUCGCUCGGAGCAACCAAUGGUAUCGCCCAGAUGUUCGCCGCAGUAGCAAGGGUCAUUGGCCCAGCGUCUGCAGCUUCGGUGUUCUCUUAUUCGAUGCAGGAAGGGCAUGAUGCGUGGUUGGUAUACUACUUCUUGACAGCAAUUGCAUGUCUCGCCGUAGGUAUUUCUCUAUUACUUCCCCGAGAUCCUAGAGUAUGGGAAGAUCCCCAAUAG